AUGUCAAUUUUGGUUGGGCUUGACAUUACCGCUAUGCAGAGGUAACUGGUCCAGUUUACGAAAAAAUUUGCAUUACUAUUUUUAGCAAUUUUAUAGAAACAUAGUUUUUCCUGCCAAAGUAAUAAUACAGUGUAAUGGCACACAAAUGUGAAACACCGAAUUGUGGGAAGGAAGCUACUCUACAAUGUCCAACUUGUCUGAAGUUACAUAUACCCGGUUCAUAUUUUUGUUCACAACCUUGUUUCAAAAGUUUCUGGAAGGAGCACAAAGUGAUUCAUGCACUAGCUGAAGGUGCAGCAAAGCCACAAGUAGAUAACUCUGAAGCUGGAUACAAUCCUUGGCCACAUUAUCGCUUCACCGGCAAAUUACGCCCAUAUCCACAAACUCCAAAGCGAGCUGUGCCUGAGAGCAUCGAGCGUCCGGAUUAUGCGGACCAUCCAGCUGGGCGUGCUGCAUCCGAGGAGGCAAUGCGUGGCAACACCUCUAUUAAAGUGUUAGAUGAUGAUGAAAUCGAAGCAAUGCGCGUAGCUAGUCGACUCGGGCGUGAAUGUUUGGAUGAAGGGGCCAAAGGUAUUGAAGUCGGUGUCACUACGGACGAACUAGAUCGACUUGUGCAUGAAGCUGCCAUUGAGCGAGAUUGCUAUCCAUCGCCGCUGAAUUACUACAAUUUUCCCAAGUCAUGUUGUACUUCAGUUAAUGAAGUUAUAUGCCACGGGAUACCGGAUUUGCGACCAUUGCAAGACGGUGAUAUUUGCAACAUCGAUGUGACCGUCUAUCAUCAUGGUUUUCAUGGUGACCUCAACGAAACCUUCUUCGUAGGAAACGUAUCGGAGAAACAUAAAAAGUUGGUACGUGUCACAUACGAAUCACUAUGCAAAGCAAUAGAAUUGGUAAGGCCUGGUGUUAAGUAUCGCGAAAUAGGAAACGUCAUACAAAAGCAUGUAGCACCACAUGGUUUCAGCGUGGUGAAGAGCUAUUGCGGCCAUGGUAUACAUAGGCUUUUCCAUACCGCACCUAAUGUGCCUCACUAUGCCAAAAACUCAGCUGUUGGCGUUAUGAAAGCUGGACAUUGUUUUACAAUCGAACCCAUGAUAUCCGAAGGAGUGUCGAAAAAUGAACAAUGGCCUGAUGAUUGGACCGCCGUGACGGGUGAUGGCCUCUACUCGGCUCAAUUUGAACAGACACUGCUGGUGACUGAUAAUGGAUGUGAAAUUCUUACGGCUCGUCGCGAAAACAAUGGCCAACCAUGGUUUAUGGACAAAAUGUAGAAUAUAUGCAAAGCAUCAGCGGCUGAAAGAGUUAAUAGGGGGAUAUUAUGCUGACACAAAAUUACACUACCACCAAAAACAUUUCUUUAUACUGAGCGUCAUUGCCAAGCACUUCUCUUUUACGAUUUUCUUGUUUCGUUCAAAAUUUAUUACUCCUUAGAGGUGCGUUUUUACUUACAAGAAAUGUAAAUUUUAACAAUUAAUA